AUGACUGUCUCCACGAUGCCCAAAACUGCACUUACUUCUCCUUCUUCAACUCCAAAGAAAAAAAACUCUACACUCGCUUCAAAGACAAAGACUUCAAAUCCUGUUGAAAUUGCCGAGCCUAUAUCUCCAAAUUGUGACCUUAUGGCCGAGUUGAAUCACGUUCGCCCGGAAAGAACGGCUCAAUUAAUCGGUAAAAGCAAACUCGACCAAAUUACCCAGCAACCGCUAAAUAAUCAACAAACUAUUUUUCGCCGGUAUGACUACCAAAACCAAAUCACCACUUACUUCUACCGCACUCACGAAAAAUUACCAGCAAAGCAACCCGUAAAGAAGUUUACCUUUUCAAAAAAACCUAAAAAGCCGGCGGUGCAGCAUGAUUUUCAAGAAUUCUUAAUCACUAGACUGCUCCUCUUGUGUAGUAAAGCCGAAUUCCUCCAUUUACCCUUAGAGCAAGAACGGGUUUUUAAAGAAAAUGAAAACGCCAUGGUCGUGCGGUCUUUUAUCGCUAAACUCGACACUUAUGCUCAAGAGUAUGACUUGGAAGAAUCCCAAGCCUUCUACGCUUACCCCAUCACUCAUGACCAGCAACAUGAAACCAUGCUUCAAUUGGGCGGAACUUGUCCUUGUGACCCCGCCCGAGCUCGCAACCAAUACUUAAAUAAUUGA